CUCACUUAUAUAAAACCUCUCUACACUUGAGGAACAAGACCGUGUGUUAGAGAAACAAAAUCUGUUAUUUUGUGUAUACACACACACAUACACGAUUCUAAGAUUUGGAGAGUGUGAACAAGUAACCAAGUGUUACUUCUUCUGAAUCAAACCAUCAUCCCUACUAUCUCUGAUUCACAAAACAUGGUUAAUCCUCAUUUUCCUCGCUUUAGGAUCCGACCCUUCACCUUCUUCUUCACACUCAUCGCUCUCUGCAUUUUCUUCACUCUCUCUUUUCUCUUCACUAUCAAUUCAUAUUCCUCUCAUCAUCAUCAACAACAACAACAACAACAAAACUUGGAUUCUGAUGGUGGUGUUGCUCAUGGAUUCGACUCGAUAAGGAGAUCUGUUUUGGCACUGAAAACGGAUCCGCUCAAGCCUCGGUUGGAUCAGAUCCGUAAGCAAGCUGAGGAUCAUAAGUCUUUGGCUCUUAUGUAUGCUUCUUAUGCACGGAAGCUCAAGCUUGAGAGCUCAAAGCUUGUUAGGAUUUUCGCGGAACUAUCACGGAACUUUUCGGAUUUGAUGAGCAAACCUCGGUACAGAAAUCUUUUCAGCAAUGAUGCAGUUCCUGUUGAUGAAUCGGUGGUUCGCCAAUUGGAGAAGGAAGUGAAGGAGCGGAUUAAAACUACGCGCCAGGUCAUUGGUGAAGCUAAAGAGUCCUUCGAUAACCAAUUGAAGAUUCAGAAGUUGAAGGAUACUAUUUUUGCUGUAAAUGAGCAGUUAACGAAGGCGAAGAAGCAGGGUGCUUUCUCAAGUUUGAUUGCUGCUAAGUCAAUUCCGAAGAGCUUGCAUUGUCUAUCAAUGAGGCUGAUGGAAGAACGGAUUGCUCAUCCAGAGAAGUAUAUCGAUGAGGGGAAGCCUAUUCCUCCGGAAGUUGAAGAUCCUAAUCUAUAUCACUACGCCUUGUUCUCGGAUAAUGUUGUAGCCGCAUCUGUUGUGGUUAACUCAGCAACAAAGAACGCAAAGGAACCGUGGAAGCAUGUGUUUCAUGUUGUAACAGACAAGAUGAAUCUGGGAGCUAUGCAAGUGAUGUUCAAGUUGAAGGAUUACAAUGGAGCACACAUUGAGGUUAAGGCAGUUGAAGAUUACAAAUUCCUGAAUUCUUCUUAUGUGCCGGUCCUUCGACAACUGGAAUCCGCUAACCUGCAGAAAUUUUACUUUGAGAACAAGCUUGAAAAUGCUACCAAGGACACAACAAAUAUGAAGUUUAGGAAUCCUAAAUAUUUGUCCAUUUUGAAUCAUUUGAGAUUCUACUUACCGGAAAUGUAUCCAAAGUUGCAUAAAGUUUUAUUUUUGGAUGAUGACAUAGUAGUUCAGAAGGACCUUACUGGGUUAUGGAAGAUUGAUAUGGAUGGCAAGGUGAAUGGAGCUGUAGAAACAUGUUUUGGGUCAUUUCAUAGAUAUGCACAGUACAUGAAUUUCUCGCAUCCGUUGAUCAAAGCUAAAUUUAAUCCGAAGGCUUGUGCAUGGGCUUAUGGAAUGAAUUUUUUUGAUUUGGAUGCUUGGAGAAGGGUGAAAUGCACAGAAGAGUAUCAUUACUGGCAGAAUCUGAAUGAGAACCGAACAUUAUGGAAAUUAGGAACCUUACCACCUGGUCUAAUCACAUAUUACUCAACAACGAAGCCACUGGAUAAAUCAUGGCAUGUUUUGGGACUUGGUUAUAAUCCAAGCAUCAGCAUGGAUGAGAUUAACAAUGCAGCAGUGGUGCAUUUCAAUGGUAACAUGAAACCAUGGCUUGAUAUUGCAAUGACUCAAUUCAAGCCACUUUGGUCAAAGUAUGUUGACGUCGAGUUAGAGUUUGUUCAGGCCUGCAAUUUUGGUAUCUAAAAAAUGGUGAAGUUUCUUCUCUUCUCACUUGGCAAUGAUGAUGAUGCUGUGCCAUAUGCUUGCAACAGUUAUUUUAUGGUUAUUUUUUUACUAUACAAUGCCUAUACGUUUAGCUAAGGUUCUAGUUUUGCAAGAAAAAUUCUUGCUUCGUUCUCUAAUUGUAAAAUACUUUAGUAUAGUAAUCAGAACAUGUCUUCCUCUUAUUUAUUCAUAUCAUUAACGUUUAAGCAAUAAUGUUAUAUUAAAUUUGUCGUUCA